GAUGGCGGAGGGGGAGGUCCGGGCCGUUCCCGGCUCUCCGCUCUGUCCAUAGCCCGCUCCGGGCAGUGCAGGGUCCCCGCCGCCCCAGCAGCCAUCGGCCGGUACCGGCGGCUGGUGGCGGGGUCCGCCGAGCCGCCAGGGGGCGCACGCCAGCAUCCCCUGACGUCAUGGCGCACCCCACGCUGAUUGGUGGCGUCCCCGGCGGGGAGCGGGGCAUGCUGGGAUAUAUCCCCCGGUAGUGGCUGGUGGGCGGCAUGGAUUCCGUCGUCUUGCAGAGCGCCGCCAUGUGGGACGUGUUUGCCAUCUUCCCUCGGGUGCUGCUGGUGCACCGGGCCGGUGGGCUGGCGGGCCGGACCCUCUACAUCUUCCUGGUGGCCGGGCCGGCCCCGGGGCUGGAGUGCGGCAUGGCCAGGGUGGUGCAUCUCGCCAUCCCGCAGGACGAGUCGGCGGGAAGCCUGGCCGACAUGUACGGGACGUUCAGGGCCUUCAACCCUGCCUGGGCCGAGACCCAGCUCCUCCUGGUGGACCCCGACUUCCCCCAUCCACCAGUUCUCGCCCAGGCUUUUCCCGCAGCGGAGCUGAAGCUCUCCGUCUUCCACCUCUGCAAGCGCCUGGAGCAGCACAUCCAGCAGCUGGCCUUGGAGGGCUACACUGAGUACCUGAUCCUGGCCGCCCUGAGGGACACUAUGUGUACAGCCACCGAAAGCAGCCGCAGGAAGACGCAUGCCCUCCUGAGGGACCUUGUGACACCAGACUUGCUGCCUCAGCACCUCUUUGACUGGCUGCUUGAUGAGGAGAUCUGGGCCACACACAGGGAGAGGACCUGGGGGGAGAGCAGUAACUACUUUAGGGACCUGGAGACAGUCAUCCAGGGGUUAAGCUGGGCUUUCAGUGUUGAGUGCUCUCUGGAGAGCUGCAUCACCUCCUUAGCUCAGCACUACCAAAAGUGUGUUUCUGAGAGCCCUUCUGAUGCUGUGAUGUUCUCCACUGCCCAUCCUGAUCACCAUGCUGCUCAAGCAGAUCCCCAGAGCCUGCCUGCUUCGGAUCUGCCUCUCGCUCCUCUGGCAUGCCAGGGUAAGCCAUCUCAGAACCCUGUCCAGACCUCCCUCACUACAGCAGAAGUUCAGCAGCAGCAGCAGCCAGUGGCAGCCUCUCUCACAGCUGAUGAGAGUCCCGUCAUUCUUCUCCAGAGUCCGCUGGCAGAUCCUCAGCUCCCUAGGGCUCUUCAGCAUCAGCCAGAAACUCCCCAGGCUCCCCUCCUCCAGGGUGAGCCUGCAAGCCCUCAGUCCUCAUUAGAUCCUUCACCUCCUGCAGCUGAACUGCAGGCCACAAAAGUCCCAGUGGGUGACAGUGAGGAGGAGAUUAACCAAAGGACUGAAGAACUCAUCAAGCAGUCUUUGAGAGAUAUUUGCACGGAACCCGCUGCCAGGCUGUGCCUGAGUAAGUUUGAAGCAGUUCAGAAGUCUGCGCAGCUGAUAGAUAAGAGCGGUGAUGUCCUCAGCGUACAGGUCCUCGAGGAUGCUCACAGUGUGGACCUGAGAGGCUGCACUUGCUACUUCAACCAGGCCUUCCAGCUGCCCUGCCGGCACAUUCUGGCCGUGCUGACUGUGGACAGGAAGACCUUGCAGCCAGAGGUGCUCAGCAGACAGGAGCAGAAGGGAAGCGAUGACCAUCAGGCUGAGCAAGACAGUACUGAUGGCAUCUUGGAGGUCCUGAAGAGCUCCUGGAACGAGUCUUUGAGUAAAUCCCUGUUGGUGUCCUUCCUUAUAACGGAGACCAGCCGGCUUCUCACCCACUGCAGCGGGGAGGAGUUUGAGCGCAGGUACAGGACCCUCCGGGAGCUGGCUGACAGCUGGAUCGGGCCUCACUUGGAGGUAAAGCUCUAGCACUGAGUGGGGGCUGAGCUGGCUGCUCUGUGUGCAGGUCCUCAGGAGCAGCAUGUGUGCAGGAGGCAUAUUCAUCACCCCACCGGUGUCCCAGCUUCUCCCUUUACUCCCCUAAGCCUGUCACUCCCUCAGGGCUCAGCAUGGAAGGGGCAGUUUUGGGUCCUUUAUCUGCUGCACGAGCGUCACUUCUUGCACGGGGCAGCUGAGGAACCGGAUUGGGAACUCGAGAUUGUGCUAGAACGGGUAACCAGCUGCUGACCUGGCUAACAGGAGACAGGGCUGGGAGCCAACCACGGGUGGUGGGGCGUGGGAGGUGAUGGUAUAAUAACAUGUGACAAAAUUAUUUGAUCUGUGGCCAGGGCCUGGAGGUCCUUCCAGCAUCCAGCUGCGACGUGUUG